AUGCAUCUGAAGAAGCUGGCUUUGGGUUCCAAUCGCUUCAAGACGUUCCCGAUGUCAGUGCUUGAACUUUCGGAGCUGGAGGAGUUGAUGUUGCAGCAUAACCAUCUAUCAGAGAUCCCUGCCGGUAUUCAGCGCUUGAAACGGCUCCGGAGGCUGAAUCUGGUUGCCAAUCAGCUUGAGUCUGUUCCAGAGGAGAUUGGGAAGUUGAAGUCCUUGCAGUCAGUGAUGCUGGACGACAACCAGUUGGAGUACGUCCCCAGUAGCUUGAAGCCCAUUUGGCUCAAAGGAGGGCUACAUGUGGAUGGAAAUCCAAUGAACCAGCAAUCCGAGCAAUCAGAGCUUUGCGCAUCAUGUGGCGCACCAUGUGGCUCUUCUCGGCCCCGGAAGGGCAUCUCUGAAUGCCAGGCCGAGGAUACUAUGAGGAAGCAUGCCACCCGCGAGUUUAAGGUCGAGCGUAUUCGAGCUCGGCAACGUGACUUUGAGGAACGUUGUUGGGCUGCCAACGAAGCCGCGCAGCAAUACGAUGAGAUGAAGGUGGCGCGGAAGGCCAUGAACCUCUUGAACUACGAGCGUCGGUGCCACAUGUCUUGUGCAUGA